AUGUCUCUCCGUCCUAGUGCUCGUACUGAGGCCAGGAAGUCAUCGUACAAGCAGGCUGUUAGCGCUGAUGAGGCACGUAGGCGCCGUGAGGACAACAUGGUGGAAAUUCGGAAGAGUAAGAGGGAGGAAAGCUUGCUGAAGAAGCGCAAGGAGGGGAUGCAAGCACAAGUAGACCUUCCCAAGAUUCCUGUGGCUACGGUCGAGAAGAAGCUUGAAAGCCUUCCUGCCAUGGUUCAAGGCGUAUGGUCAGAAGAUCCGCAAACGCAGGUCGAAGCAACCACACAGUUUCGGAAGCUGUUAUCGAUUGAACGUAGUCCCCCAAUCGAGGAAGUCAUCAAAGCCGGGGUCGUCCCUCGGUUCACGCAGUUUUUGCAGAAUUACGACCUUCCCCAGCUUCAGUUUGAGGCUGCGUGGGCCUUGACCAACAUUGCCUCUGGUACUUCAGACCACACCCGUGUGGUGAUUGAGCACGGCGCAGUUCCUAUUUUCGUUCAGCUUCUCAGUUCGCCCAGCGAUGAUGUACGGGAGCAGGCUGUCUGGGCUCUGGGGAACAUCGCGGGAGACUCGCCGAAGUGCAGAGAUUUGGUUCUUAGCCACAACGCUAUGGGUCCGCUCCUUGCACAAUUGAACGAGAACUCGAAGCUUUCCAUGCUUCGCAACGCGACGUGGACCCUUUCGAACUUCUGCCGCGGAAAGCCCCAGCCUCCUUUUGAACAGUCCAAACCUGCUCUCCCAGCACUUGAGCGGCUUAUUCACUCCACCGACGAGGAGGUCUUAACGGAUGCCUGUUGGGCUUUGUCAUACCUAUCGGAUGGCACCAAUGACAAGAUUCAGGCAGUCAUAGAUGCUAAUGUGUGCCGAAGGCUGGUUGAGCUUCUCUUGCAUCCUUCGCCUUCCGUUCUCAUCCCUGCCCUUCGCACCGUGGGCAACAUCGUUACCGGGGACGAUGAUCAGACGCAGGCCAUUAUCAACAACAAUGCCUUGCCGUGCCUGCUAGCCCUCUUGACCACCAACCAUAAGAAGAGCAUCAAGAAAGAGGCCUGCUGGACAAUCUCCAAUAUUACUGCUGGGAACAAGGAACAGAUUCAGGCUGUUAUUGACGCCAACAUAAUCCCUCCUCUCCGGCAUCUGCUUGAGACUGCUGAGUUCGACAUCAAGAAGGAGGCUGCAUGGGCGAUCUCCAAUGCUACUUCGGGCGGUACACAUGAUCAAAUCAAGAUUGUCACGGUGGCGCUUGAGGGGUUGGAGAACAUCCUUAAGGUUGGGGAGGCUGAGAAGGAGCUGGGUCACACAGGAGGGAUCAACAUGUACGCCCAGUAUAUUGAUGAAGCAGAAGGCUUGGAGAAGAUUGAGAACCUCCAGACGCAUCAGAACAACGACAUUUAUGAAAAGGCUGUCAAGAUCCUGGAGACGUACUUCGGCCUGGACGAGGAUGAGGAUCAGCAGCUGGCACCACAAGUAGAUGCCAAUCAGCAGACGUACGCCUUUGGAGAAAGUCAGCCCAUGGUCCCCAGUGGCGGAUUCAACUUUGGUUGA